GUGAUACAUCUAGCGUUGGUAUAUAAAUUAAGUUUAUUUUUUACCUUUUUUUUUCAAAUAUUUGUGUUUUAAUGAUUUCGAGAAAACGCGAUGCUCACCGACAACCAGAGCAACACCGACCGAAUACUCAACUUAAAGACGGAGAAUACGUCCAAUGCAAAUCCAGUAAAGAAGCUAAAGAUCCAAGAGACAAGAUAUCAAUGCAUAGUCUGCCAGACUAAUAAAAUCUCUUUGAGUGAACUUCAUUGGCAUCAAACCUAUCAACACUCAACGGAAGAACUUUCGUUAUCGGUGAUAGGCUGGAAAGGUCUGGUAAAAAUUGUUGGGCCACCUACACCCCAAGAGAAAGAGAACUCUCAAGAACGGUCUAUUUGGAGUAGUUUUUCGAAAAAACCGUCGCAAUUUUAUUAUUUAUCCAGCAGUAUUUUGCGCGUUAAAGAAAAUCAAAAAGGAAAUUCUGAAGCGCCUAUCGACUGUAGUUUACCUGUUCUAAAAGUGGAGAAGGAUAUUGAAAGUUUAAAUCAAGCGAAAGAAAAGAUACCAAUAGUUUCUAUAGUGAAACAGGAUUCAAGUGUAAACAAAAAGUUACAGAAGGAGUUAAAUACUAUAAAGGAAAUUAGUAUGGAAGACUUUGUCAAAUGUACAAAUGAAUUAUGUAGCGAGCUUGCAGAAUAUAAAAGAAUACGUGUCUCAAAGAAAUCUGGAAGAAAGAAACAUGUAUUAUGAAAUAUUAGAUUAUCGUUUAUACAUAUUUUGUUUUAAAGAA